AUGGGAGCUGCUAUUCCUCAUCUUGUUCUACUUGGUGAUAGUACACUUGACAAUAGAUUUUAUGUGGGUAAAGGAAAUCCUGCUAUAAUUGAUCAACUUAAACUUAAAGCCAAAGAACGAGGUUGGAAUGCAACAUCAGUUGCUGUUGAUGGACAUUCGAUUUCACAUAUAUCUACUCAAUUAACAAGAAUACCACAAGAUGCUACACAUUUAUUUAUUUCAAUUGGUGGUAAUGAUGCUCUUUCUUAUAUGCAACGUUUACAAGAAUCAGUUCAGAAUGUGGGUGAAGCAUUAAUUAUAUUAAGUGAAUUUGAAAAAAACUUUGAAAAAGAUUAUAUUGAAAUGUUAAAACAUGUAAGUGCCUGUAAAAUUCCUACAACAAUAUGCACAAUGUAUAAACCGAAUUUUAAUAUUCCUCAACAACAGCUUAUGUGCGAAACUGGAUUAUCAGUGCUGAAUGAUGUUAUCAUCACAGAAGCAACUAAACUUGGAAUUCCUGUGAUUGAUCUUAAAACAAUCUUUAAUGAUCCAGAGGAUUAUGCAAAUCACAUUGAACCUGAUGUUCAAGGUGGAUCAAAAAUCGUCGAAAAUAUUGUCUAUAUUAUGGAUCAUCAUCGAUUCGAUGAAAAUAUUUGUUCUAUUUAUGCAAAAGGAAGUAAAUAA